AUGCGGACAGUCACCGAGCAGCUGCCGAGGCCAGGGGUUGCCAGUGGGGGCUCGCAGCCCUUUGAAGAGGGCUGCUGGCUCCGGUCGCCAGUGGACAAGCCGGCCCUCAGCGGGCAGCCGGACGGCAGGACGAGGUUUCUCUUCGGUCUGUUCUUCUGGAUGUAUCUGGUCAUCCUCUCGGGGAACACGCUCAUCGUGCUGGCCAUCAGCUGUGACCGUCGUCUCCACACGCCCAUGUACUUCUUCUUGGCCAACCUCUCCUGUGUUGACAUCUUCUUCGCGACAGUCACCAUCCCCAAGAUGCUGGCGAACCGCAUGUCGGGAAGCAAGUCCAUCUCUUACGUGGGGUGCAUGACCCAGAUCUACUUCUUCGUCGCCUUCGGCAACAUGGACGGCUUCCUCCUGAGCGUGAUGGCCUACGACCGCUACGUGGCCGUGUGCCGCCCCCUCCACUACGCCAUGCGCAUGAGGCCCAGCCUCUGUGUCCUGCUGGUGGCCGUGUCCUGGGCCAUCACCCACCUGCACGCUCUUCUGCACACUCUCCUCAUAGCUCGCCUCGCCUUCUGCUCCAACAAUGCCGUGCACCACUUCUUCUGCGACCCCGAGGCCCUCCUGAAGCUGGCCUGCUCUGACACCUCCCUCAACGACCUGGUGGCUUUCACCGUGAGCGGGCUGGUGUUUAUGGCGCCGUUCUCGUGCAUCGUGGUCUCCUACACUUGCAUCUUCUCCACCGUGCUGAGGUCGCCGUCCGUCCGCGGGAUUAGGAAGGCCCUGUCCACGUGCGGCUCCCACCUCGCCGUGGUGGCCCUGUUCUACGGGGCUGUCCUGGGCGUCUACAUGCGCCCCUCAUCCUCCUACUCGGUUCAGGACACGGUGGCCACCGUGGUCUUGACGGUGCUGACGCCGCUGGUCAAUCCCUUCAUCUACAGCCUCCGGAAUCAAGACGUGAAGGGAGCCAUAAGGAGGCUAAGUUUCAGGGGACUUGUUCCGUCAAGAUUCUAG